AUGCGCUGCGGUGUGCACGGCACAGUGGACUACUGGGAGGCAUCUGUCGCCCUACCAGAUCGUUUUACGAAAUCUGAGGACUUGCACAGCAUCGCCAGGGUCCUGUAUGGCGCCGAUGCAGCAAAGAUCGAACAUUUCCUCUCGGAGACUGCCUCUGCAGCCUCCUGCCCAGUUCCGACAG